AAGAAAGCUGGUCCCAAGGUGCGAAUGGGGACUCAGCGACUCAUCUCCAGUCAGGGGGUAGGAAAAGGAGUUUUGGGAUAGAAUCCAAGACUUUUCUGGUCGAGACAGAGAAGAAGAAGGGCAGGAUGCAAAUCUUUAUAGUGGAAAGAAAGGGAGAUGUUUCCUCUUGGAUCAAGUUGGGGCCGGCAAGUUUAGGGCCGCUCAUUGAAGGCCUGGUCUCUUGUUCAAAGGACAUGAGAACUGGCUAUUGGGAGAAACGCUGGCAAGAGAAGGGGAGAUUUUUCUCCUUAGUGCGAGGCGAAAAUAAGGGGGGAUGUUUCCUUUGAUUGGGGGUUAUUGAUAGGGCAAAGAACAGGUUCAGUAUCUUUGUCCCCAAAGGCAGAGGAGCAAAAGGAGGUUGGGUCCUCUUGGCGGAGGCGCUGCGUGAGAUGGAGUCUAGUCCAGGCGGGCAAGCGAGACGAGGACAAGGACAAAUUUUGGAUACCCAUGUUGGGAAAACCCUUUGCGGAGGUGGUCAAGCAAAAAGGCAGCACCGGAGACGAGGUGGUUAGGGUGAAAGUGGAUAACGGAGCUAUAAGUGCGAAUUUGGAGAAGCUGAACCAGUGCCUUGUCGGUUGCUGGAUCCCAAGGCGCGGAGAGGGGGAAGAUUUAAGGAGCUGGGGGACCCAAAUGUCCAAAGUGUGGGGGCUAAAGGGCAAUUUAGGCUUGGCCAAAUUGAACGACGGAAAGGUAUUAUUGGAAUUUGAGAUGGUAAAAGAAGCCGAGAAAGCCCUAGCAGAUGGGGAAAUAGAGGUCGGUGGCUUCGUCAUACGACUGGAAAAAUGGAGCCAAAGGAUGGGAUGUUUGUCGGAGGAAGAGAAAGAAGGAGAGGCCUGGGUAAGGAUUGUGGGUCUUCCCAUUUCUCUAUGGAGUCGAGACAUUCUGAGCAAGAUAGGAGAGGGGUGUGGGGGUUUUGUGGAUAUAGAUGAGAAAACGGAGAGGAAGGAGGAGCUACAGUGGGCUAGAAUUCGGGUAAGGAUAAAUGGAGGGAAAAUCCCUAAAAUGGUGGAAAUAUGGGUUGAGAAUCUGUGCUAUUCCCUUUCUCUGUGGUGGGAGACGAGGCCGACGAUGCGAGUGACGUCGACCGUCGAGAAAGGUAAACCCAUCGGAGCAGAUGAAGAGGUUGAGGGUGAGUUCCAGCCACGCGAGGGCAAGCGCGUGAGGGAGGCCGAGGGAGGCUCGAGGCUCGAGGAGCAGUUGCAGACUGUGGAUGGGACGCGAAGAUUGACUCCUGGGUCGGGGCGGUCCACGGAGUGCUCGCGUGGGUUGGGUGCGCUGCAACUAAGGCCCAAGGGAGUGGGGAUGAUGCAGAGUGGGCCUGCAGAGAUGGGCUUUGUGGUGAAGCCUCGUGGGUCGGAGGGUUUAAGCCCAUCUUCUUCCUCUGUGGUCUCUUUUGGGCAAAAGGCGAAGGUGGACUCCAGACGGAUUAAGGCCUGGAAGCCCACGGUGGACAUAGGUCUGGUAGCAGAUGGUCAAAGGCCAAUGAGGGAGCCAAGUGACCAUCUUGUUGAGGCCCAAAGCUGCGGCCCAAGCGCGGGAAGCCCACUCUAUGAAUGUUCUCUGUUUUGGGAAAAGGAUGGGCUGCGGAGGCUGAGAGAGGCAGAGUCCUUCCACACAGAGCAAACGAAGACUGAUCUCGCCCUUAUAGAGGAAGCGAAGAGGUACGUUCAGCCCGAUUGCUUAAUCUCUGAGCCUCCUCUUUCCCCUUCUUUUCUUUUUGGUCGGACUCCAGUGGGGGAGUUUUGCGACCUUUCUGGGCCUAGAAAGAAGCGUGAUGAGGAUGAAAAUCCGCUCCAAAUGAUCAUGGGAUUGGAGUCCCCCUUGAGAGAAGCUGGAGAAUGUUGGGAUUUGGUGGAGGUUAGCAAAAGCAGCACUGUUGAUAUUGGAAAGGAUUUGGGCUCUGAUCAAAUAGUGCCACGAGUAAAUAAGGCAGGGGGGGAGCUUAGCUGGGAGAACAGCGAUUUGGCCAAGUUCAGUAAUUUCCUGGGGUUUUCGACAGAAGGAUUGGAGAAGGACAUUAUGGAAUUUCUGGUUAAAAUUCGGAAGAGAAGGGAAAGAGUUCAUAGCAAGAACAUUCUGGAGAAAACCAAAUUUGAGAGGGAGUUGAAAAGAUUAGAGUGCUCCAUUAACUAUGAAGGGGGGAAGAAGCAAAAUGUUGGGGGGCAAGUAAGGGGGUGCCAAAUUAUGGAAUUUAAAUGAAGCUACGAAUACUGAGUUGGAAUGUCCGUGGGGCCAAUGACAGCGCCAAAAGAAGAGUCAUUAAGGCAGUGAUCAGAAGUCAGAGGGUGGAUCUUUUUUGUCUUCAGGAGACCAAAAUACAGACAUUGUCGGAGGGCGUGGUGAGAAGCUUGGGUUCUGGUAGGUGGGCUAAUUGGGAGGCUUUAGAUGCUCUGGGCACUGCGGGAGGGAUUCUGGUGUGUUGGGAUAAGAGGUCUCUGGAGGUGAUGGAGACGGAGGUGGGGAAAUUCUCAGUUUCGUGUAGGAUUAGGAAUGUGGAAAAUGGGAUGACAUGGAUAUUUACUGGGGUGUAUGGUCCUUUCCCCAAAGAAGACAGGGAUUGUCUGUGGGAAGAGCUAAGGGCGAUUAGAGGCUUGUGGGAAGAGCCAUGGUGUUUAGGGGGGGAUUUCAAUGUCAUCUUGUCCCAGAGUGAAAGGAGUAGACAGGGAAGGUUGUCGGGGGCCAUGAGAAGUUUUGCCUAAACUGUGGAUGACUUAGAGCUCAUUGAUCUUCCUAUGCAAGGGGGCAUUGCCACUUGGAGUGGGGGAAGGAAUAACCAAGCCUGGGCAAGACUAGAUAGGUUUUUGGUGACUCAGCAGUGGCUAGAUAUGUUCAGUGGGGUAGCCCAAUGCAGAAUGCAUAGACCCACUUCCGACCACUUUCCUAUUUUAUUGAUGGGUGGGGGGUUAAGGAGGGGCCCAACUCCGUUUAGAUUCGAGAAUAUGUGGCUGAAAGUGGACGACUUUAAGGGUCUUCUCCGGGGGUGGUGGCAAGGGAUUGAGGCAAGAGGUAGGGCCAACUUCAGAUUGGC